CCGCCGCGCUGCGGGCUCUGGUGCCUGGAGUUGCGUGCGGACCCUGCCCGGGCAGGCGCAGGGGAUGGUUUGAUUCCCUCCCCUCGGUGCGGGGGUGCCGUGGCUCUGGCAGUGGGUCUGGGCACUGACCCUCUGCGGGGGGACAGCAUCAGCAUCCCGGGAUGGGGCCGGGUGUCCCUGGUGUCUCCCGCGCGGGUGGCGGGGACGCGGGGCCCCGGCAGCUCCCAAUUCCCGGCAGGGACCGGCUCCCGCUGGAGCCGGGGCCUGCUGACCGGCCCGGGGGCUCUGCGUUGCCGCGUCCCCCUGGGAGACCGGGAGCGGGUGGGGCUGGCGUGUCCGGGAGAGCCGGUGACCCUCCCGGCCCCGGGCUCGGUUCUCCCGGCACGGGCACCGGCUGGGUUCCUCUGCCCGAGCAGGACAGACCCCUCCAGCCCGGCGCCGGCUUUGCCACAGGCAGGACGCGCUGGAACUGCCCCAAGCGUGCCAUGGUGAGAGCCGAGGCCACCCCAGGGAUCUGCACCGCUUCCCGCAGCCCCUCCUGUCGGGUCCAGGAUGGGGAAGUGGAUUCUCGAUUCCACGCAGCUGCUGGAAGCCCUGGUGUGAGCUGAGAGGCAGCAGCAGCACCUGUGAGCUGAUCCACCCCCUCUAUAAAUGGCUGCUGAUGCCCAGGCUUGGCUGGGAUUGCCCGGUGGGGGAGUGAAGCCACGAGAAAAAACGCUCGCUGCUUCUUUGGGGAUGUGCUGUACACAGUCUGGGAGACAAAUAAAAUGAA